GCUGCCUGCUCAAGAUACUGUUUAGCCGUCCUUAUUUUAUUUACUCAAUGUUGUCAACGAAGAACCCUUGUUGAGAUCACGGAGGCCACCUUCUAUGCCUAAAAACAACAGUAAAUUCUAUACUGAAUUAAUAAGAACGUUUCCAACAUCCUGCAGUGAUUCUAAUCUCAGCAGGAUGAGUUUUCUCAAGCAAGAAGGUUCCAAAAGUCGUUCAAGUAUUUCAAGUAUUUCUUCAUCCACAUCCACACUUGGCUCUGGAUCAGUCUCUGGUUCUACAGUAGCUUCCUCAGCAGACUUGGCUAGCUUCUUUGAAUGCCCAGUUUGUUUCGAGUAUGUUCUUCCACCAAUCCUACAAUGCCCAAGUGGUCAUCUGGUCUGUUCCAACUGUAGACCAAAACUCACCUGCUGCCCAACCUGCAGAGGACCCUUAGGCAAUAUAAGAAAUUUAGCUAUGGAAAAAGUGGCUUCCACAGUUUCUUUUCCUUGCAAAUUUUCUACUUCUGGAUGCCAGUUUACAAUGUUGCACACAGCUAAAGGAGAUCAUGAAGAGACUUGUGAAUAUCGACCUUAUUCUUGUCCGUGUCCGGGGGCGUCCUGUAAAUGGCAAGGAGCUUUAGAGCAAGUAAUGCCCCAUUUGCUCAAUCAACAUCGAUCUAUCACGACUCUCCAAGGAGAAGAUAUUGUUUUUUUAGCAACAGAUAUCGCACUCCCCGGCGCCGUCGACUGGGUUAUGAUGCAAUCUUGUUUUGGUCACCAUUUUAUGCUAGUGCUGGAAAAGCAAGAAAAAUAUGACGGGUUGCAACAAUUUUUUGCUAUCGUCCAAUUGAUUGGCACAAGAAAGCAGGCCGAUAACUUUGCCUACAGAUUGGAAUUGAGCGGUCACCGUCGACGGUUAACGUGGGAAGCGACGCCACGAUCCAUUCACGAAGGCGUAUCUUCCGCCAUUCUAAACUCGGACUGCCUCGUUUUUGACACCUCUAUCGCCCAGUUGUUUGCUGAAAACGGCAAUUUGGGUAUCAAUGUUACCAUUUCUAUGUGUUAAUUUACUCCGAAUUUGAGAGACACUCAUUAUUUUCUCUCGCCAAAUAAGUUUGGUUGUGCUAAUUAAUUUCCUUUUUUCCCCCGUCGAAAUGACAAUGGCUCAUUUUUAAAAAUCGUGUUUCCCGUCUUUCGCAUGUGUGUUACCGUAUGUGCAUGGACAUCACAAUUCGCGAACAAGUGAAACAAAAAAACUGUUGUAAACGACCGUUUCCCUUCCCCUCUUUCAUUAAUUUUUUUUUUGUUCGAACAGAAUUUUCUCUCAUGUUGCCUUGUACAGUUUUGCUAUUGCGAUCAAUGAUCAAUUAUACGGCUCCAUGUUCAAA